AUGACAUCAGCUGAGGUAGACUCAGCAGUUGUGGCGAAUUCGAAAGAUAGCAUCGAGCCACAACUGCCCGAUUCGGGAAAUGCCUCAGUCAGUGGGUCGCCAGAUUGUGUUCACACAAACGGUGAAGUGGCGGAAGCCGAUGGGGCAGCCAAGGGACCACCACAAGAGACGGUGUUCUCUUUGACCAUACAGCCGACAGUUGGCGACUCUUUCGAUCUUCAGGUAGGUAUUCAACUUACUAAAUCUGUGCGAUGUUUCAGUUCACUCGGUUGUUUAUAUGUAUUCUACUGCAAAUUUUGAUU